AAAAAUAUUAGUUUCAGCGUACAUUGCAUUAGGUACACAACGACGGUCAACUAUGUCUCGACAAAGUCUACAUAUCGGAGCUAAAAUUAAAGGAAAAGUUCAUAAGGACGUCAAUACGAAAAGCAACGCUGUUGUGACGGGCUGUGACAGCAAUGCCGAUGUCCAAGUUGGUCCAUCAAUUGAAUCAGAUGUAAUGGGUACAUUGACAUCUACUGAAGUUGGUCAAAUAGCGUAUCGCGAAGACACAGUAGGAGCAGGAACUUCACGUAACCAAUUAGCAGAAGCCGAACAAGUUGUACCGCAAAUCAAAGGAAAAGUAGCGAUUUUCAACCAAGAAUUUAAAGGUACCGAAGGUUUUCGCGUUGGAAGUGCCAAUGAUGUCGAACGUUUGAAGGCUACCUUUUCAAGGUUAGGAAUACAACCAAUCGAGAAGCCAGAUCUCAAACAUGAACAAAUUGUCCAAGAAAUUGAUGCGUUAUUGAACGGCGUUUUAUCCACUCUCAAACUGUUUGUGUGUAUCUUUAUGUCACAUGGCGAGGCUAACGAUAUUGUUUUAGCAGCAGAUAAGAAAUUCCUGCUUAAAGAAACCAUAAUUGAUCCAAUUAUGCAAAACAAAAACUUGAAAGGCAUAGCGAAAAUAUUUAUAGUUGUGGCAUGUCGAGGAGGAAAAAGGCACGGAGUCGAUUUCGCAGGUGAUGUCGCAAGUAAUUACAGAGAAUUCGAUCGAGUGGAAUUGGACGCAAGCGUUGUACGCUCCGCAAAUGCCAUUGAUUACAGUAACUGUAUAUUCAGUUACAGCACCUUUGUAGACUAUGUUUCGCUUAGAACAGAGAAAGGAACAUUUUUUAUUCAGAAUCUUUGUGACAAUAUCGAUAAGGCCAAUGGCGAUACGAUAAUACAUUCAAUUUUUGCUGAGAUCAACAACAAUUUGUCUAAAGCGGGUCUUCAAGUUCCUGUGUUUAAGAGUACUAUGGGCAAUGUACGCUUCAAAGAUCUAGUGUGAAUGUCGGUACGUGACAAUUAUCCAUUUAAUUCGAUAUCCUUUUGUCAUGAUGAACAGAGAGACGAGAAUUGUUACUCAGUUUCAGGCGAACCGUAGAUGAAGCAAGUUUUAAAUAAAAUUGAGCAUAUUUGCGUUGAAAA